AUGUCAGAUUUACGUUUCCAGGUGGUCCGAACCGAUGAGGCUCCUCCUCCGCUUCCGCAGUUUUCCCAAGCUGUCGUGCACAAUGGCAUGAUAUACUGUUCUGGCAAUAUUGGUGCAUUGCCAAACACAAAUUUUGUUCUAGUUCAGGGUACAGUGAAAGAUAGACGGCAAGCCCUUAAAAAUCUAUCAGCUGUGCUCGAGGCGGGAGGGAGUAAGCUUGAGAAUGUUGUGAAAAUGAACAUUUACAUCACCACUAUGAAAGACUUUGGACUUAUGAACGAGGCCUAUGACGAAUUUUUCACUUGGCCAUCAAAGCGCGAACAUGUGUUGCUGUGCAUGAGCUACCUCUCGGGACCGACGUGGAAAUCGAAUGCAUUGCCCAUCUUAAUUAGGCGUUAUACUUUCCUCAGCCCUAGCUAUUUAGGAGGCCUGUUCGAGUUGUCACUAAAAGCACCUGGCAUUCUUUUCUUCAAGUAG